AUGGCCGAAGAAUCUAAACCAGUCUGUGAAGAUGCAAUUCCGCCACAAAAAAUCGGAAACAAGAGGGAGUAUGAAGAUGAUGAUCAGAAGGAAGUUAUUGCAAAGAAGACGAAGACAUGCGAGAAACUUAAAGCUAAAAUCGAAUCUGAUACCAGUGGCGGAUCUUUGGAAUCAUUCGAUGAUGGUGUCUCAGAUCCUAACUCGAACAAAAGCCCUGACGAAGACAAUCCCGAAGAUUUGGAGAGUCUUGAAGGCAAUGAGGAAGAAGUAGAGGGAAAAGUCUCUAAAACACCUCAGGAGAGGCAUGGAUCUCCCAUAACUCUAAACGAAAAGUAUGUUGCACAAAAGACAAUAUGUGUUAGAAACCUGUCAUAUAGUGUGGAACGGGCUGAUAUGGAAGAUAUUUUCAAAGAUUGUGGUGAAGUUGUUGAUGUCGAAUUCAAAACAGAUUCUGAAGGAAGGUUUAGAGGCUUUGGGUUUGUCAAAUUUGGAACAGUAGAAGCAGCAGAAAAAGCCCUCAAUUUGCAUAAUACAGAAUUAUUAAAUCGCCGUAUCAAAGUUGAGAUAGCUCGGGAAAAGAGAGAAUAUCCCCCCUAUAGAAGCUUGAGCAGUUCAUUUCAUACGGGUGGCAAUCUUCACUCUCACACUUCAAAGGGUUUUGACGCAUCUCUUCUAGAAAACAAGGCUAAAAGCCCAUCUACACCAAAGGAAACAAAGGGUACAUCAAAGACAGUAUAUGUCGGAAACUUGUCAUACACCGUAGAACGAGCUGAUGUGGAAAAACUUUUCAAAGAUUAUGGGGAAAUUGUUGAUGUACGUCUCUAUACAGACCGCGAAGGGAAGUUUAAAGGCCACGGACAUGUACAGUUUGCAACAGAAGAAGCAGCACAAAAGGCUCUUGCUUUGAAGAAUAAAGUAUUUUUUAAACGUUCAAUGAUUGUUGAUUUAGCUUUCGAAAGGCCUAAAUAUUCCCCCAAUGGAAGCUCGGCCUGGAGCAACUCAUUCCAUAAGGAUGAAAGAUUUCAGUCUCAAACUGUACCUGUGAAGUGUUUAGAUACAUCUCUUGCGGAAGGCAAGUUGAGUUGUGCAAAGGAGGUUAAGGAUGUAGAGAUGUUUGAUGCUAUCUCUGCUGAGAAUAAGCCUGAAAUCCCAGCUACCCGAAUAGAGAAAAGUGCUGCAUCAAAAAGAGUAUGUGUUAGAAACUUGUCAUUCGCUGUGGAACGGGCUGAAAUUGAAAAUAUUUUCAAAGAUUGUGGAGUAGUUGUUGAUGUCCGCCUCCAUGUGGAUGUCGAGUUUGCAACUGCAGAGACAGCUGAAAAGGCUCUUGAGUUGGAUUACACAAGAUUGACGAACAAUCCCGUCAAAGUUGGUAUAGCUCCAGGAGAGGGUGAACACUUCUCAAAUAGAAGCAGCUUGAGCAUCCAAUUCCAGCAGUGCGAGCCUCUAACUGUAUAUGUGGUUGGAUUUAAUACAUUCCUUGCCGAAGAGAAGAUAAAAGCUAGCCUGCACAAUCAUUUCAAAUCUUGUGGCGAGAUUGCAAGGAUCUCAUUACCAAAAAAUCGUGAUUCUGGUAUUAUUAAGGGGCAUGCUUAUUUGAAUUUCAAGGAUCUUGAUGGCUAUAAGAAAGCACUGCAACUUGAUCAAACUGCGAUAGGAGAUCAUUGGGUGUCAGUUGAAAAAGCAAAGCCAAUGCAUAGACGUGAUAAUCAGGAUAUAUGUGGUGGCAGAGGUAACUAUGGACUAAAUCAUAGACAUGAUAAUCAUGAUGUAGGUGGUAGCUAUCUAGCCGGUGGAAGGGAUGGACCAAGUUAUUUAUGUCAUAAUCAAGGCAGAGGUGGCUAUCACGUCGGUGGAUGGGAUGAAGCAAAUUAUAGACGUGAUAAUCAAGGUAUGGGUGGUGGCAGUGGCAGCUAUCACGUCGGUAGAAGGGGUGAAGGAGACUAUGGUGGUGGCAGAGAGGUAGCUAUCAUGUCGGUGGAAGGGUUGGUGGAGACUAUGGUAGUAGAGCAGGUUGGGGGAGAAGUCAUGGUGCUGAGAGGCACUGGUGAAGGCAUAGGGAGAAAUACAGCUUUUGCUGAAGAUGACUAUUGCACAAGUUGCUGA